AUGGAUAGGUUCAAGACUCCAGCUGUAACCCCCCAGAGGAAGAGACAGAAAGGGUUGCAUUCCCCAAAACUUUCCUGCAGUUAUGAAAUAAAGUUCAGUAACUUGGUCAUUUUUAUUAUGCAGAGGAAGAUGGGAGUGACCAGAAGGAUGUUUUUAAUGGAACUGGGAAGAAAGAAAGGUUUCAGGGUAGAAAGUGAGCUAAGUGACUCUGUCACUCAUAUUGUGGCUGAGAACAACUCCUACCUGGAGGUGCUGGACUGGCUGAAAGGACAGGCUGUGGAUGACAUCUCUAGGUUUGAACUACUGGACAUCUCCUGGUUUACAGCCUGCAUGGAAGUGGGAAGACCAGUGGAUUCAGAAGUGAAAUACCGUCUCAUGGAGCAAUGCCAAUAUCCUCUGAACACACCUGAACUGGAAAUGCCAGCAUUUAUUGCAACAAAAGUAUCUCAGUAUUCAUGCCAGAGAAAGACAACUUUAAAUAACUACAACAAGAAAUUCACGGAUGCCUUUGAGGUAAUGGCUGAAAAUUAUGAGUUCAAAGAAAACGAAAUACUCUGCCUGGAAUUUUUAAGGGCAGCUUCUUUGCUGAAAUUUCUUCCAUUUUCAGUAGCCAGAAUGAAAGAUAUACAAGGGUUGCCCUGCGUGGGAGACCAAGUCAGAGAUAUCAUUGAGGAGAUUAUUGAAGAAGGAGAGAGUUCUAGAGUUAAAGAAGUGUUAGAUGAUGAGCGAUACAAAGCAUUUAAGCAAUUUACUUCAGUUUUUGGAGUGGGAGUUAAGACAUCUGAGAAAUGGUACAGAAUGGGUUUGCGAACUGUGGAAGAGGUAAAAGCUGACAAGACCCUGAAGCUGUCAAAAAUGCAGAAAGCAGGGUUUCUCUACUAUGAGGACCUUGUUAGCUGUGUGUCUAAGGCAGAAGCAGAUGCAGUAAGCUUGAUUGUCAAGAAUACUGUGUGUACAUUUCUACCAGAUGCAUUAGUUACCAUAACUGGUGGUUUCAGGAGGGGUAAGAGUAUUGGACAUGACAUAGAUUUUUUGAUCACCAAUCCAGGACCAAGAGAAGAUGAUGAACUUCUGCAUAAAGUUAUUGACUUAUGGAAGAAGGAGGGCUUACUCCUUUAUUGUGAUAUCGUUGAAUCAACAUUUGUAAAGGAACAGCUGCCAAGCAGAAAAGUUGAUGCCAUGGAUCAUUUUCAGAAGUGUUUUGCAAUUUUAAAAUUGUAUCAGCCAAGAGUAGACAGCAGCACUUGCAGCACAUCAGAAAAAUUGGCAAUGGCAGAAGUCAAAGACUGGAAGGCAAUCCGUGUGGAUCUGGUGAUAACCCCCUUUGAACAAUACGCAUACGCUCUGUUAGGCUGGACAGGCUCCAGGCAAUUUGGACGUGAUCUGAGGAGAUAUGCUACACAUGAAAGGAAGAUGGUAUUGGAUAACCAUGCAUUAUAUGACAGAAGAAAGAGGAUCUUUCUCAAAGCUGGAAGUGAGGAAGAAAUCUUUGCACAUCUUGGCUUGGAUUAUGUUGAACCAUGGGAAAGGAAUGCUUAAAAUUAUUUGCCAGUGUACAUUGAUCAGUUGACUGCAAUGGUCUUUCUGCCCACCUUGCAGUCUAGCUUAGUUAUAUAUACAUAUAUAUAUAAUGUGUUUCUAUCACAACAACAAAAUAAUUAAAUAAGUAUUAGAAGCCAUUUGCACAUGCUUAUGUUCCUAGAAGAUAAGAGUUUAAGUUUUUCAAAAUCUUUUCCAGUUUUUGCUUGUUUUGAAGUUUCUACAUGGCACUGGUAAGACAGAUCUUGUU